AUGCUGCUUAAUUAAGAGAUAAAGCAAUAGCUAUUCGUAUUGACCUGGGUUCUACCAUUUUUACAUAUAUAAAGGGAAAUUUUAAUUUAGUCAAUAAUUUAGAAUAUAACCAAAUUUUGGAUGGAUCCUGAAAUCAUAUUUGGUUUUGAUAUAAAAUAAUAAAUCAUAGUUGGGAUAGAGCUAUUGAAUAUUUAGGAUUUGUUGAUUAAAUAAUUAGAAAGACAAAUUUAGUUAAUAUCAUCCAAUAAACUUAAAAUAACUAUCAUUAAUUAGCACUAAAAAUACUCUUUAGUAUUGAAAAUUGAGGGUUUCUUUAAAAAUGAGAUUUAUUAAGAAAACAAAUUCCCUCUAAACCUAAAUUUCUGA